CCGUAGACGCCAGACACUUCCGCCUUGAUGUGCCUAGCACGCGUUGCUAGGUAAAACACCAUGGUGACUUUGGGAGGCCUAAGGCUCGGGGUCAGCGCCUUCCGGUGUGGAGUCUACUCUUGGUUUCGGCAGAGUUAUUCCGUCUCAUGGAGCUCGUCCAUGCCGUCUCGGGAAGAAAAGCUGAAGGAGAAGCAAGACAAACUGAUGGCUCGUGGCUUGCCAAAGAAGAAGCCAAUUCCUGGGGUCAAUCACGUGGUGGUAGUAGCCUCUGGCAAAGGGGGUGUUGGCAAGUCAACAACGGCAGUGAAUCUGGCAUUGGGAUUAGCUGCAAUUGAUAGCGUAAAAGCGGUGGGUUUGCUGGAUGCUGAUGUGUAUGGGCCUUCCAUCCCCAAAAUGAUGAAUUUGAAAGGAAACCCAGAGUUGUCCCACAAGAACAUGAUGAUCCCACUGGUCAAUUAUGGUAUAAAAUGUAUGUCUAUGGGUUUCCUAGUGGAAGAGACUGCCCCCAUUGUAUGGCGAGGUCUGAUGGUCAUGUCUGCGAUUGAGCGGCUGCUAAGACAGGUGGAAUGGGGAGAUUUGGACUAUCUGGUGAUUGACAUGCCUCCAGGAACUGGAGAUGUGCAGCUGUCUAUUUCUCAGAACCUCCCCAUCUCUGGGGCUGUGAUAGUCUCCACUCCCCAGGACAUCGCUUUGCUAGAUGCUCGUCGAGGGGCCGAAAUGUUCCAGAAAGUCAGUGUGCCAGUGCUCGGUCUCAUUCAGAAUAUGAGUGUUUUCCGAUGCCCAAAAUGUGAUCACGAGACCCACAUCUUUGGAGCCGAAGGUGCAGCGCGUCUGGCACGGUCCCUAGGGCUGGAAUUACUGGGAGACAUCCCCCUGCAUUUAAACAUAAGGGAGACGUGUGACCUUGGCAAGCCAGUGGUGGUAUCUGAUCCUAAUAGCGAUGAGGCCAGAGCAUAUCUAAAUAUUGCAAGAGAAGUGAUGAGGAGACUCUCCUAACCAUACAAAAGUGGAUGGAGAUAGUCUCGGUGUAUUUACGGGUUCCUCGGUUCUUACUAAAGCUGCACGUCCUCUGUUCUGGGACACGACGUCACGUCCUGGGGCUGCUUCUGAACGAUGUACUGUCGGGAAACAGUGCGAUAUAACCUCUGGUGGCUAGGUAAUGGGCCGGUUACAUGGAAGAUGCGUGAUCACACAAACCAGCCAACUCUGUAAGUGGAGCUCCAGAGCGAUCACCAGUAGUGCAUCCAAGACUUCUUCCCCUGGAGCUGCCACCCAAGGCCAAGCCAAGAAUAUGCCAUUGCUCUUAAUUUACCCAAUUCCUUAAUCCAACCUCUACAGGUUCUGAAAAGCUUUGUAUGCGUAGAAGGCUUACUGGAAAGGAUCAUGGUAUUCCAGAAAAGAUUGUAAAUCGUUGCUCCUUAUUGUGACUCCUUAUUGUGACUCAAUUAUUAUACUUUGUUUUUUAACAUUCAGUAUCAAUGAGCAAAUGUCCCCCCCCAGAACUAUAUACAAUAUACAUCUUUAUUUAUUUAAUGUUUCUAGAAAAUAAAGCUGUUUUUAGCUCGGCACUGUU